AUGGCAGCAUCCUUGGUUCAAGACACACAUCUUGAGAUUUCUGAACGCAGUUAUGUAAAAUGCUUGCUCGUGUCUUUUGUCGCUGGAGUGGUGGGCAGAGCUGAUGUGCUGGCGUGCCUUUUCUUCCUCUCAUCCGUUCUAUUAUAUCAUGGAUCAUCAGGUCGUCACAGAGUGUGGUCGAGCGUGGCACUGGCAGCGCUCAGUAUGCUGGCCAAGGAGACAGGACUAACCGCGCUAUUGUUCAAUGUAGCCUUCGAUUUGUACCGCUGUUGGACGUCUAACAGGUUCUCACCAUCAAUAAAAUGGCGAUGGCGCACCGACAGUUUUUACGGGCGAGUGAUUCGAGCACUGGCCGCAUUGAUCCUGCUGGCCGGAGUAAGGCUCGCGCUGCUGCAAGGAUCUCUCCCUGCAUUCUCACCACAGGACAACCCUCCUGCUUUCCAUCCAUCGUUUAGCGUCAGGUUGAUGACUUUCUGUUACCUGGCAGCAUUCAACUGGUGGCUGUUACUCUGUCCGUGGACCCUCAGCCACGACUGGCAGAUGGGCUCAGUGCCUCUCAUCACCAGUGGCUGGGACCCGAGGAACUUGCUCACCUGCGCGGCCUUCAUUGCAUUACUGGCACUUUCCUACAGAUUUCUAGUUGAUUUGGAGUUACAACGACACGCACCUGCAGUAGUAGGGUUGAUGAUGUUGGUGAUACCUUACCUGCCUGCUUCUAAUUUACUUGUCACCGUCGGUUUCGUGGUCGCUGAGAGAGUGCUGUACAUACCCAGAGCGGACUUAUCAGUAUUACCGCACAAUGCUAAGUUACAUUACAACUUUGCAAACUUUCUGAAGGACAUUGAACAACAAGAGAACGCCAUCAAACACUAUAAGGAAGCUUUAAAGCUCUGGCCAAGCUACGCGAGUGCUCACAACAACCUGGGCACAUUGGUGCUGGCGUCAGGUCGAGCUGAACACCAUUUCUUGCAAGCUCUCAAAUAUAACAGGGAUCACGUCAAUGCCCAUUAUAAUCUUGCCAAAUUGUACAGAAAGAAAAAUCGAAUAUCAGAAUCUCUAAAGAUGUUGGAACGCUGUAUAUCUUUAGAACCAAGGUUUGUUCAGGCAUAUCUUGAACUCUUACUGCUUAAACCAGAAAAUGAGAAGAGAGGAGUUCUUGACAAACUACUGGAGUUGGAGCCAAAAAAUUGGGAGCACUACCUACUUUAUGGCAACUGGUACAAAGAUAGAGGUCUCCAACCACUAGCCCUACAGUACUACACGCGCGCCAUGCGCCUCUCGUUCAGCUCGGCACACGGCAGUGCACGUGGCGAGGUGGUGUCACUUCGUGCCGCCUGCCUUGUUCUACGGUCCGUGGGCCAGUACAGCAGGGUGCUGCAACUCCUCGUCAGAUGGCAUGGUGUCCGCGGUGAUGGUCAGCCAGCCAGUCGACGGCUUCUAGCAGCACGUGCCUGGCGGCUGCGCAGUGAGUUAGCCGAGCGGGCUGCACUUUAUGCGAGGCCCAGACAUCAGCCCUCCCCAAUUACAUCAACGUGUUUGCAUCACAGCCAGCUAGAAGUGUCAGCACACUACACGAACAAAUUAAAACAAAACCAAGUAGAUUCUAGAAUAUUAGGACAAAACACACUGCACAGUGGUACGAGUGCUAACGGCGCUGGAAGAAAUGUAGAUAAAAAUAAUUGCCAAAAAGCUGAACAUAGAAAGAAAAGCGUGUCAUUAUCCAGUCAUUAUAAACUGACACACAACAAAUCGGAAACAGGACAAAGGCAGAAAAGUUGUCCAUUACACAAGAAGAAGAAAAUUAAAGAUCCCGAGUUCACACCAUUUGUGUCAGACCAUUUGAUAAAGACUUAUUAA